AUGGGACGACCAUAUGUUAAGAAAAUUACUAGAUCCACUAACAAUCGAUCCUUACAAAAUAAAGUAGCAAGAUUCCAAAUUUUAAUAAAUGAAGGUGAAACAAAUAAAGCAAAAAUUGAAGAACUUUCAAAUAAUCUUUAUAAACGAGAUACUGAAAUCAAAACCUUAAAAGAUAAAAUUAACCAACUUACAAAAGAAAAGGAUGACUUUGAAAAAUGA